AUGGCAGAAGUGAAGUCAAUGUUCCAGAAAGUUCUUCCAAACCAAGGGCAGUUGUCUGGGGAAUGCGUAAUCACAAUGGUGCUGUGUAAACAACUUUUAGCCUUAAAAUCUUUGACUCUGGAAAAACUGGAGAAAAUGCAGCAAGCAGCACAGGAUACAAUUCACCAUCGAGAAAUGUCAGAAAAAGAACACAGCAGCAAAUAACCCAUUGAUGAGAACUUACCAUAGGGAACACCC